GGCGCAAAUCGGCAUUUUGGCUUGGUCUGCGGCUACCUUCUGGAAUAUUGUAAAUUAUUCGUGAAAUUUCGACGAUCAGCGGUGCAAAACAAUCGCAGUGAUCUGCCACAACCAAACACUGGAUUUGAUUGCCCGAAUCGUUUUUCGUGUAAUCGCGUUCGUAUUGAAUAUAUCCAACGAAAAAUGAGCAAGAAAAUGAAGCCCGACGAUUCGACCGAGGAGGUUAACGAGUUUUCUGUUGAAAAAAUUCUCGAUAGCAGAAUAGUGAACGGAAAGGUUGAAUAUUACCUUAAAUGGAAGGGAUAUACUAAUGAAGAUAAUACCUGGGAACCUGAAGAGAAUUUGGACUGUCCAGAUCUCAUACAAGCCUUUAAAGAAUCCCGUAAAAAGAAGGAAGGCAAAGAAGAAACUUCCGGAAGAAAAAGCAAACUUAAAGAUGAAGAACCCAAGGUCGUUCCGGCGAAGAGAAAAUCGACAACGGAAAAAAAAGUAGGAUUCGACCGUGGAUUGGUACCCGAAGAAAUUCUCGGAGCUGCGGAAACCCAUGGCAAGCUGAUGUUUCUGAUGAAAUGGAAAAAUGCCGCCAACGCCGAUAUGGUCAGCGCGGAACAAGCUAAUGUGAAAUGCCCACAAGUUGUUAUAAGAUUCUAUGAAUCUCGUUUAACAUGGCAGGCACCAGAGCCAAAAUCCGAAUCGAAAGACGAGUAAAUUUUACAUUUAGAUUUUUUGUACAAAUGAUUCGCAGCAUAAAGGAGUUUAAAUAUACAAAAUUAGUUUCUUUAUUAUUUAAGCUAAUUAACUGACCUCCAAAUCAAUUCGUAAGAAUAGCAUUACAUUCUCCCA